AUUUUGUACGACACGGUGACGAAAACGUGGGGGUGGGUUCUCGAACUGUGCGAAUUUUGCAGGAAGGAGCAGGCGGUCUUGGAGGAGAGGGCGAGAAACGGGUGGAAACGCAAGUGGGGGUUUUAUUUAGAGUUCGACCAGAUUUGCGUCGAGGAGGCCCGAAACGCGGGCUUAACCGGCGACGAGUACAAAAGACGGACGAGGAGCCAAAACAAACAAGCGGAGGAAACGGGAGGCGGAGAUUUCGGACCUGCCUGUGAUCGAUGUCCCCGCACCACUGCGGGUUUCAUAGGAUGGCGAGCAAAACAAAAGGACGCCCUGGAAAAGUUCGGUCCGCUGUACGUUAGCCCUAAGGCUACCAUGCGUCCCAUGCAAUCGUACUCUUGCAUUAUACUCGGCUAGUUCAAAUAAAUAGUAACGCCCGGUGGUGGUCGUUCAUUUGAACUACUUCGGUCAGAAGGCUUUGGAAUCGAUUGGGAUUGGUCUCUUAUUGGCUUAAUUGUCAG